UUUCACUUUCCAUCUUCCGCUGCUCUAGAACCUUCCUUCCAGCCCUAUUUUUUCGUCUUCCGCAAAAACCUAAUCACCGGCGACAAUGGCGACCGCACCCAAGAAGUUCACCCUGAGGUCGUCGGACGGCGAGACCUUCGAGGUCGAGGAGGCGGUGGCAGUCGAGUCGCAGACUAUUAAGCACAUGAUCGAGGACGACUGCGCCGACAGCGAGAUCCCGCUCCCCAACGUCACCAGCGCGAUCCUGGCCAAGGUGAUCGAGUACUGCCGGAAGCACGUCGAGUCCGGCGCCGACAAGGAGAAGGACAAGCUCACGACCUCCCCCGACGAGGCUCUCAAGACCUGGGACGCUGAUUUCGUCAAGGUCGACCAGAAUACCCUCUUCGACCUCAUCUUGGCUGCCAACUAUCUGAACAUCAAGAGCUUGCUGGAUUUGACCUGCCAGACUGUGGCGGACAUGAUCAAGGGGAAGACACCCGAGGAGAUUCGCAAGACGUUCAACAUCAAGAACGAUUUCACCCCGGAGGAGGAGGAAGAGGUCAGGAGGGAGAACCAGUGGGCGUUCGAGUAGACAACCACCGCCUACCGAGAUAGACUUUGCCAUCCCACAUUAUCUACCUUUUUCAUGUCUAUAUAUUAGGAAGUGUCGAGAUAUAAGCUUAGAGGAAUUCAAUCAAAACGUGUCUUUUGU